UGAGCGCGUCGCGCGUGGAGCUGCUCCGGAGUCCUGCGGGACAGUAUGGCACUGUUACUGAAAGCUGCUAAGUGACAGUUUAUCAUAAAUAGCCUUGGGAGACAGAUACUGUGUAUAGAUCUACAGAGGACAUGCAAGCCAUGGAGCCCAUAACAAAGUGGUCGCCAACUCAAGUUGUCGAUUGGAUGAAAGGUCUGGAUGACAGCUUGCAGCAGUACAUCCGCAGCUUUGAGCAGGAGAAGAUCGACGGUGAGCAGCUGCUGAAGAUCUCUCACCCGGACCUGGAGGAGCUGGGCAUCAGCAGGAUUGGCCACCAGGAGCUGGUGCUGGAGGCCGUCGACCUGCUGUGCGCUCUGAACUACGGCGUGGAGACGGACAACCUGAAGAGCCUGGUGGCGCAGAUGCGGGCGUCGUCCAAAAACCUCCACAACUGUGCGUGGGAACGUAGGAAGAACCCAUCCUACGACAGCGGGACGUCCAACAAGCCCCCCAACCAGUUCCUCACCUGCGUGGUGGAGCUGAUCGGGGCAGCCAAGAGCCUACUGGCCUGGCUGGACAGGACUCCUCUGACCGGGAUUAGCGACUUCACCGCCACCAAGAACAAAAUCAUUCAGCUGUGCCUGGAGCUGACAACCACAGUGCAGCAGGAUUGUACGGUUUAUGAAAUGGAAGAAAAGAUCCUUGAAGUUUCAAAGGUUUUGAGUGACAUCUGUGACCAGACGGUGAGGACGACCUCUGACCCCAUGAUGACCCAGCCGGCCUGCCUGGAGGAGGUGCACAUCACAGACGUCAAGCCUGGGGAGGGACUGGGCAUGUAUAUCAAGUCCACCUAUGACGGCCUUCACAUCAUCACCGGCACCACAGAAAACUCUCCUGCAGACAGGACACACAAGAUCCACGCGGGCGACGAGGUCAUCCAGGUCAACAAGCAGACAGUGGUGGGCUGGCAGCUGAAGAACCUGGUGGCAAAGCUGAGGGCAGACCCGGCAGGCGUGGUGCUGGUGCUGAAGAAGAGGCCCACGGGCACGUCAGGAUUCACGCCCGCCCCGCUGAAAAACAUGCGCUGGAAGCCGCCGCUGGUGCAGAGCGCCCCCUGCCUGGCCAAAGCCCAGUCUGUGGACAGCUCAGCAGACUCUGCCAGCAAGAAGGACAAGCCUGCCAUCCUGGACCUAUACAUCCCCCCUCCCCCAGUGGUCCCCUACACACCCAGAGACGGGAGGGCGGGUCUGGGCUCAGGCAUCGCUCAGAGGCCCCGAGGCUCCGAGUCGCCUAACUCCUUCCUGGACCUGGAGAACCGGCGACGCUUCACCAUCGCAGACUACGAGAACAAGCUGCAGAUCCACCCCAUCGAGGUCAACGUGCUGCAGACGCGCAUGAGAGAGCAGACCCCGUCUCGAGGUAAGCCUCGGCCGCUGUCCAUGCCAGUGGACACCUCCCUGGGCCUGACUGACCCUCUCGCCAGACCGUGGACGCAAGGAAGGAAAGGUGAGGACGUCCCGCACAGGUACCUGAGCAGCGAGCGCAUCGCCACCAUCUCUGAGGAGGCCCCCCCCUCCCAGUCGCCCUAUAGGCCGGCGUCCCGAGGGGCGGAGCAGAUCCGGGGCAGCCGCUGCCUGAUCGACCUGCACAACAGCGCCACCAUCCCCUACCCAGAGGACUCUGCCAAAAAGGCCCCCGCACCCCCGGCCUCCAAACCCCACCCCCCCGAGGCCUCUGUGCUGGGCAACCUGAUCACCCGGCUCAAGCUGCUGACGCACUGAUGCCCCCCCCGGUCCUCUGUGCCCCCAUCACGGCGAAACGGAGCCCUCCAGCAGGGCUCCACACAGGCCCCAGGCCACUCCCUCACACCCCUCUGCAUUUCAGCUCCUUCCAAAGCAUUUCCCAGCCCCACGGACCCGCGUGGGGGAGCCAGCGGAACAGCCGGCGGAACAGCCAGCGAAGAAACCUGCUGUUCUGGGGGGUCCGCAAGUGUGGAGAACAUUACAGGGGUACAGAAGCACAUCUGCCAGGUCUUACUUCACACUUCUUCAAAAGGAAAAGAAGAAGAAUUCAGGUCUAGGAAACAUUUGCCUUCUUCUCCAGGAGUGAACUCUUAAAUGUGUGACUAUUAAGUUAUUAUGUUUUGUUUUUGUUUUGUUUUUUUCGUUGAAAUGCUUCAUGUAUAGAUGUUUUGGUUGUGACCUGCAAAAGUAUUGGGUAUUUUUUUUUCUCCAUGCAACACAUCCUUUUGCUAAAUGUACCUCAAGCAAAGAAAACAGAUUCACGUUUUUCUAUUUCAGACAUAUUUUUGUUUUGUUUUCUGUUACAUGGUGUUUGAAAUGCACACUGCCAGUGGUGGCCUCUUGUAAGCUAUGCAGUUAGGAUGCCUUUACACAGCACUGUUACAGAUGCUGACCCUGGUCCUCUUAUUGCCACAGACUGAGAUGUUACCAGCCCUUUAACUCUCUCUCUCUGGGGGAACACAUCCCCACAGUCGUCUGCCUCUGUCCUCACUCUGGUCUGAGAGACCUGCUACACCAGCCUUAUUCCAGAUGACCAGCAGCAAGGGAAAGUCCAGUCCAGUGUCCAGUUACUGAUAGGACACACACACACACACACACACACACACACACACACACACAUAUGCACACCUAAACGAUAACUCUCAUAACAUUGCAGAAAUGUUGUUUGCUUUAGCUGUCUUUCGCCGACUAGCCUUGUAAACCUCAGGGGUUUUGGCCUCCUUAGACACCGUGGGACAGAGGUCCUCUGUUAGCCCCACAGGGCGAGGCCACAUAGCCGAUGUAAAGUCUUACAGGAGUCUGAUCUACAGUAUUAAAUAUUCUUACUGAGAAACCUGUUCUUUAAUAAUGCGUUGUAUCAC